AGCGCGCUUAAAUUGACAGGCUCCCGCCCAUGGCACAGGACUGAUGGGAUUUCGGAAUGCUCGAUCUGUUCGCGUCACUAGCUGGAGUGUUAUUUCGUUGAUGACGGCGGAUUGAUUGGCAGGAAGGAUUUCCACCAUCAUGCAGAAGGUGGAGAGACCAGAUCUCAUGACCUACCAACCUCACCUCACCUACUCACCACUAGAUGCAGUGCGUACGCCCCGUAGAGAGAGAUCCCUCUCUCCUCCCUCCAUCUAUCCUCCUCCCUCUCCUGAGCUGAAGGUGUGUAGGGAGGAUGGAGGGUCUCCAGGCGGCUCCACAAUGCAGCUCCGAAAGACAUCCAUUCCCCUACAGCAGCAUUUCCACAGGCCAGAUAAUGGUGCCAACAUCUACAUGAAGCUGCCUAAUUUUAAACAGGAGGUCAGCAAGCAGAAGGUGAUGGGCAGCAUUAUCCAGUCAUCUAAGUUCCCAGCAGCUCAGAAACCAGACCCCAACCUGCCCUCAAAGAUAGAGACAGAGUACUGGCCCUGUCCUCCCUCACUGGCUGCUAUGGAGAUCGAGUGGAGGAAGAGGAAGGAGGAAGAGGAAGAGGGGAAGGAUGAGUUUGAAGUCCUGACUAGUGACGCCAAGACACUACAGGAGCAGGAGCUCCACAAGAUCAAGUCUAACCUGGGCAGGCUGAUCCUGAAGGAGGAGAAGGAGGAGCAGGAGAAGGCUCUACUUGACAUUGGCCGCAGGAAGACGCAGUCACUGCCAGACAGAACAAACAUGCACACAAGUUUCUCCUUGAAGGUGCCCUCCAGCUCAGGUCUGACCAGGAUGCAGUCUGCAGAGUUCACUACAGAGGGAAAUCAGGGCAAAACAGCUGAACAGAAAGGAGAGGCACCGCGGGAAAGGAUGGACAGAGGAAAGUCACUGCCAAGUAUGCUGGAACAGAAGAUCUACCCAUAUGAAAUGCUCAUAGUCACACAUAGAGGGCGCUGCAAUCUGCCGCCAGGCGUGGACCGUACCAGACUGGAGAGACACCUGUCUCCUGAGGACUUUGAGCGUCUGUUCGGAAUGCCCAUCGCCGAGUUCGACCGUCUGUCACUAUGGAAACGAAAUCAUUUGAAAAAGAAUGUUCAACUUUUCUAGCAGAAAGUGACCUUAUCCUUCACAGAAAACAGGAACCGCUCCACUGCCUAACGAAGAAUACCCCACAACACCAAACUAUCACACCCUAACUAACCAUAAAAAUGUCACAUCCUAACUAGUCCUAUAUCACUGUAGCCAUAUUCUACCUGUAUGUUCCCGUCGUAUCCUCUAGGGCUCUAUUCAAUCAGAUCCGCUUUUGACGACAUCUGCAUAGCGGUCGUUUUGGAGGUGUCAGAGGUAGAAGAACUGCACGAGAGCUGUCAAAUCCACAAGCGCCUCCUGGCAUUCUACCUAAAGCGACAUUGCCAUUGGUUGCACAGAGUUGCAUUAAGAGAAAUACCAUGUAGCCUUGUUUACAAGUUGGAACACUGGAAUGUGAGAUGUAAUCUACACCUCCAUUAGGAUGAUAGAAACCAUCAUUUAGUUUAGUGAUUUUCAAUUUGAGCGUCAUAAUUUCUAUAUGGCCUACAUUCUGAUGGGUGCGGCUGCGUGACAUUGAUCAAGAGCAGCUGAUCACGUUUUGACAGCUCCAACUUAGUUACACCUCUAAAACAUCAGCUAUGCGAGGGUCUGCUGUCGCCGGUUAAUGCUGGAUCUGAUUGAAUCUGGGCCCUAGUCUCACUGGCUUUGAUAUAGAGCAUCAGUACAGAGACAAGCCUGACCCAAGUCUUACCCCUAAUCCUAACCGACCUGAUCAUAAGCAUUGAGAAUAGUAUCUACUGCCUCCCCACCACAUACACACACACACACACACAUAGAUGUACAUACUGCGCACACACUAUCUAGCCACACAAUAAUUAUCACUGCUUUUAAUACACUUAGAAAUGUGAAAAUGUUAUAAUUUUCAUAGUAAAUCUACAGUGCAUUUGUUAAGUAUUCAGACCUUCUCUUUUUUCCACAUUGUUACGUUACAGCCCUAUUCUUAAAUGGAUUUAAAAAAACAUAUGUUUACAUACAGUGGGGAGAACAAGGAUUUGAUACACUGACGA